UUGAAAGCGAGCACGGGCGUCUUUCUACACGCCAAGAUAAAAGCGAAGUUGCUUUCUGUCGAGUUACGCCUUUGGGUCGGUAAUUUGGCUUCUUCUUUACUUGGCGGGAGAGGCUGUCUCGGAUUAACGGCCGCGUCCUCCCCGACCUUCGCGGGCAUUUUCUAGCAAACCGAGGGCUGUUGAAGAACUAACCCGGGGUUUGACUCCCCUUCACCGCAGGGUCCCGCUCUCUUUUAGGCGAAACUAAGGUAAUCCGAGGCUAGUCCGCCGGUCCGCCUGCAUCUGCCCCUCCCGCUGUCAGCCCGGUGCUUCUGCUCAGCACUGAUAGCGAGGCUGCCUGGAGCGCCGCUGGGCUAUUUCGCAACCUUCAGUCUCAAAUGCUCGCCAACCGACAGGCGGUUCUCCGACCCUCUGCUCAAUCUGAGGCAAUGGCGGGCUGCUUCGGCAGCAAGCUUAGCCCCGCCCGUCUCAGGUAGAGCGGGCUGCCUAGAGAGGCUCAUCUAGGCUGCCGCCCGAGGCCAGGCGCGCCUGGCAGUCCUCGCUUCUGGCGCCGGCCGGCCUCCGGGGGGUGCUCUUCGGUCGCUCUUCCGGCUUGCUCAAAAGUUGCGCUCCGGGGCUGCAAAAUAAGUACGUUUCCGGCCCUUGGGCAACCUCCCCCCUCGCCCUCCCGCUCCCAUCUCCUUCGGUCGGACAACCCAGCCCCGAGUGUCGUCGCGCACGACCGGAGCUCCCUCUGAGAGGAAUCCCCCACCCGGGUUCCCCCCUCCGCUUUGAGGGACGGAAUGGAGGCGGCCGCCAAGCGGGGGCUGCUGGUACAGCUGGCGCUGCUUCUGACUUACCUCGAAGUACAUUCUGCAACUUUCAAAAUCAUUACCCCUUAUUCACUCUAUGUGUGUCCUGAAGGUCAAAAUCUCACUUUGAGUUGUAAAAUCAGUGGGGCUCUCGCCAAUCACCAUGAUUUACUCUCCACUGUUUGGUACUUCAGCAACAAAGAUGACCAUAGCUGUUCCCAAGGAAAGCAUAUCCGCAACAUCACUGCUAAGGAGCUUCAUCAUGAAACUGAGAAGCACCAUAAACAACCUCAUAUGAACGUCUCCGCUGAGAAAUAUGCUCAAGGUCAUCAAGUCAACCAUCAUGGAUUGGAAUUCUUUUCGAAUCAUCAUGGCACUUUCCAUGUCACUAUAGCAAAUCUUACUCUACAGGACAGAGGAUACUACUGUUGUUAUAUAAUAGAGACUAAGAGAGAAAACAACAAGCCACAUAUCCUGCAGCAUGCUUAUGGCUUCAUGGAACUUCGUAUACAGAAAGCAAACGGCUUAUCUCCAAAUUGUACAUUUCAUUUUGCUGACGAUACGGAAAAUACCACAGCAGUCACAAUUGCAACAGGGGCUUGUAUUGUAGGCAUUCUGUGUUUGCCUCUCAUCCUACUCCUUAUUUACAAGCAGAGGCAAAUAAUUACUAACAGGCGUGCUCAUGAACUCGUAAGGAUGGAUAGCAACACCCAUGGCAUUGAGAAUCCUGUCUUUGAUACCAUCCCUGACAUAGACUCAGAAUCCAGGAUCAGGCCACAGUUAUCAUUCAUGGCCAGCCGACAGGCUUCAGAGUCAGAUCGACACCUUCUUUCAGAGCCAAAUACUCCUCUCUCACCUCCAGCCCCAGGAGAAUGUUUCUUCCCAUCACUUGAUCCUGUUCCUGAUUCACCAAAUUUAACAAAGGAAUAAUCAAAUAAAGGAAGAUUGUUGUAUUCUGAAUUUUUAACAGCAAUAUGAACAAGGCUUACUAUUUGCUCCUUUAAAGGAGAAAGAGAGGCAGAGAAAGAAGGAAACAAAUGUGAGAAGUUUUUAGAAGACUGUUUUCUAAAGUCUUGGGAGUUGCUUUUUGACUAUCCUAAUAUUUCAAUAUUACUGCUGUUCUCUGAUUUCUGAAACAAUUCAAUGUGGAGAAUAUGGACGACAAGGAAAUAUUGUACUCUCCUGGAAUUCUGCAAGCUUUUUGUUUUACUUCACUGAAUUGUUGACCAUUUUAUGAACAGUUACUGAAACGUGUUUCUAAUGUGUUGUAUGGAUCAAUUAGAACAAGACCAUGUUACAUGUCUUUUAACUAUAAGGGAUUAUGAAUAGCACCGAAAGCCUUGCUCUGCAUUCAGAAUGCCUUGGUUCCAUAGAAACAGAAACAAUAUUUUUUUUACUUUGCUUAUAUAUCCUUUGAAAGACAGUAUGUUUGCACAUGUUUUAACAUAGUGAUAAGAUGCUUUACUUGUAUCCUGUCCUGAAAAGAUCAGAACCCAAAUGAACUAUCUUUGUAUUUCACUCUAGUUCUAAUUCAGUUUUUUCUUUGCUCUCUUUUUAUUUGCUAAUGACUUAAAUCUAGAUGAAGGUUCCCAAUUGCAUAUCUUACACAUAAAUGUUAGUAAGAUCAUGUGGAAAACCAUGAAGGAUAAUCAUGUUAGAACAUAAAAAGUGGAUUUCAAUUUAGCUCUGCUGAACAACAGUUUGCUUUUACAAGCUGUUUCAAAAAUGUUUUAAAGAGAGUUUUAAACAGCAUUAUAGAUUUGGUACAUUUUGUUUAAAUGAUAAUUGUAUGUCAUUUUGAUAUAAUUUGUCUUGUGCUUAGUAAAUGUUUAUGGCUAAGUAGCCAGAGGAAAUGAUUUAAGUGAAGGAUCUUUCCAGUUACUGUAUGUAUCAUUGAUAUAAUUCAUAUUGAUAUCUAAGUUAAGCUGUCUGAAGAAAAACAAUGUUUUUAAUUGGGUAGAAAGUACAAGUAAUUUUUGUCAGAGAUACAAAUUGUCCAACAGUAAUCAGUAUUUAGAGUUGUUUAAUCCUAGUUUCCAAACAAGAGAGUAGCCAUUCUGUUUAGCUUCAGUCUAAAUCAGUCUUUUUCAUCAUCAGCAACUUUAAAACCUGUGGACUUUAAUUCCCAGAAUUCCACAGCCAUCAUGCCACCAAGUUGCUGAUAUUGAGAAACACAACUCUAAAUACAGGAAACUCUUAUAAAGAAUGGGUGAUGUUUUCAGUGUGUCAGGGAUUUCACAAACAUACAACAGCCAAGACCAGUCAAGUUACACUGAUGCCUAAGAAAUGCCUUAUCCCUGUCUGGCAAUAACAUUACAACAAAGAUAAAUUACAUAGUAAACUAUUUGUAGCAGUUUCAUUGACAGCUGCUUGACAUUGCUUAAUCGUAGGGCCAAUUCUCUCCUUUUUUUGAUGAGGUACGAUUCAUUUUUCUCUUGAACUGUUUUUGAAAGAAUUACUGCAGUGUCUUCUGUUGUUAUGUGUACUCUGACAAGCUACACUUUAUUAAAACUCAUCCCUACCGAAUGCAUGAAAUAUUCCUGAAUUGUAUGUACCCAGUAAAAAAAUGAGGUGUUCAGGCUGUUCACCAUUAAAGAUCCGUUUAAGUAGAAAUUUUCGCUUAAGAACAAAAAUUAAAGGCAAAAAAGAGGUUAGCUAAUUAAUUAUAUGAAGAAAUUGUAUUUUCAAGUUGUUAUGCUUAUUUCCUCCUGCUUGGUGAUUACUUAUCAUGUGUACAAGAAACUCUUCUGACUUGCCCUCUGAACAGGUUCAUUGUUUUUUAUUUUCUGUUUUCAUAAGUUGAUAUAAUUAAGAUUUAAUAUGGCUAUUAUUUUUCCUUGGUGACAAAAAUAACAAGAUCCAUUUUUCUUUUGUGAUGGAAAGAGCAAUAUGCAGUAAAAAGAAAAACUCAAGCUGAGUCCAUGUGCUCUUAGCUAUAAGUGAUCAAAUUAAUAAAAAUAUAUCUUAUACUG